ACCAACCAGCAGUUUUAAAGUGGUUUUGUGUAAAAUGGUGAUUGACCACUAUUGAUUUCUUAGUUUUGUACCAUCAUAAUCCUUAAAUAACGAAUUAACUGUUAAAAAGUUAUGAAUAUAAAUAAUUAAUUUGUUAUUUAACAUAAGUAAUAAACGUUGAUUACGUAAUAAGUAUUGUCAUAAAUUAGUGAAAUCCGGCGUUAAUUUACACAAUACCUAAAGAUAACUGUUCCAAACACAGUGAUUAUUCGAAUUUAGAAUAUUUAAACAGUAAAGUUGCAAAAAACCACUGUUUCCUUGUUCAAAAGUGUUCUUCCUACUUCAAAAUAAUAAUAAUGGCAAAAUAUACAUUCGAUAAUUUGAUAAAAAUAUAUAAAACUAGCUAUACAGCAGUUUUACCAGAAAUUCUUAUAAAAAAAUAUUUAAAGUAUGACCCAAUUACACAACAAUUAAAUGUUUUUGACAAUAAUUUUAAUUUAAAGGACAAAAGCGUUUAUGUAAUCGGUACUGGAAAAGCUGUGAAAAGUAUGGCAAUGGAGGUAGAAAGCAUGUUUAAUUCUAAAAUUAGAGAUGGCUAUAUAAGUAUACCUAAAGGCAGUUCAAACAAGUUAAUGUUUAAAAGUAACCUAAAAUACAUAGAGGGAGCUAAAGACAACUUGCCUGAUGAGGAUGCUGAAAACACUAGCAAAAAAGUAAAAUCUUUACUUUCCAACAUGUGUAUAAAUGACUUUGUUAUAGUCCUGAUUUCAGGUGGUGGAUCAGCUUUGUUGCCAUUGCCAAAAGCCCCUAUUACUUUAGAAGAGAAAACCACAUUAAUUAAAAAAUUGGCAAACUGUGGUGCAGAUAUUAAAGAAUUAAAUGUGGUGAGAAAAGCAACAUCUGAUUUAAAAGGUGGACAAUUGGCUUUAGAAGCACAACCAGCUAAAAUUGUUACAUUAAUUUUGUCUGAUAUUGUUGGUGACCCCUUAGAUCUCAUAGCCAGUGGGCCCACUGCAGAAAAUAAGGAUUCUCCAACAUCUGCAAUUAAUAUUAUCAAGAAAUAUCACUUAUUUGAAGACCUUCCUUCAUCUAUCUUAAGUGCAUUAGAAGAUAAAGCUUAUAAUAAGGCAUUUCCACAUAAUAAUGUACAUAAUUAUAUAAUAGGCUCAAAUAAAUUUAGUAUAGAUGCUGCAGUUACUCAAGCAAAGGAAUUACAUUAUUUACCAGUAGCUUUAUCAUAUACAAUUACAGGGAAUGUUAAAGAUCUAGCUAAGCAAUAUUGCAAACUACUUAAGCAAUUUUGUGAUUAUCUUAAUGGAAACAUUGAUUUUAAAACACUUAAGUCGGAAGUUAGCAAGCUCGACUUGCCAGUUAUACUAGAUAACAUAAAUAUCUUAAAUACAGUCGACUUCAAAGGAGAUAUUUGUCUUAUUCUUGGCGGAGAGACAACUGUAGAAGUAACAGGAAGUGGGAAAGGAGGAAGAAAUCAACAAUUACCGUUAGAAUUAUCAUUAUUGUUACACGAAAAUAAGGAUUGUUUGUCUGACCAUGAUAUAUAUUUUUUAAGUGCUGGUACUGAUGGUAUAGAUGGCCCUACAGAUGCAGCUGGGGCAAUUGGUUAUACCAAUUUAGUAACUGAUGCAAGAAAAGAAAAUCUCUCUGUGCAAACAUAUUUGACUAACAAUGAUUCAUACAAUUUUUAUAAAAAGUUCAGGAAGGGUGAACUACACAUUAUUACUGGCCAUACAAAUACUAAUGUUAUGGACAUUCAUCUUAUACUGAUUAGUAAACAGUAGUUUCAAAAAUAAUGUUAUGUUCAAAAGUAAUGUAUUUUAUGAUGAUGAUGGUUU